AUGUCAUUUCGUUCUGUAAUGGCUUCAGCUCUCUCUGUUACAUUCUUGGGUACGUCUAGCGGCGGAGGCCCUUCAAUAUCGAGAAACUGCUCCUCCUUGAUCGCUGAUGUCCUUGGAAAUGGCAACCUAUGGAUGGUCGAUUGUGCAGAGGGAACCACACGUCAAUUUGCCAACCAACCUUGGACUCAUGGCCAGAGAAAUCCUAGACUCUCUCAGGUUAAAAAAAUGUUUAUAACGCACAUGCACGCCGACCACGUCAUGGGAAUUAUUCCACUCCUCCGAAAUGUCCUUUUCCCUCCAUCCACAGAUCUGCCGAGGAAUAUGCAGUCUCCCAAGAAAGCGCCUUCAGUAGAAAUUUAUGGACCAGCAGGCAUUAGAACUUUUGUUCGGAGCAUCCUGAAGAUGACUUUGACCUGCACUGCCGAAAACUAUGUCGUCCAUGAACUUCUCAAUACUGGCGAUCAACCCACUCUCUGUGACCCCCCGGAAGUCUUGCACUACAACGAAAUUCCCGGGAGGGAUAUCUACUGUUCUAGCGAAGAUGGAUUUUGGAGAGACAUUACACGAGAGAAGGGUUUUCUUUGCGAUGUUGCCGUCGACGCUGGCCCGAUCUUGCACAGAGAUCCUUGCCUCGGCUAUGUAUUUCGCGAAUGUGCACCUCUGUCGCGUAAGUUGGUAUUUCUGGGCGAUACCUACGACGCCUCCCCCAUCGUACCAUUGUGUCUCGACCCGCCUCCUUCGUUGGUCGUCCACGAGUCAACGGAAGCCUUCAUCCCCGAAGGGAUCGAUCCUAAAUCUAAACGCAGUUCGGAAACGGUGAAGGAGAAGGCGCUUGCGCGAGGACAUUCUACUCCCGAACAAGCGGGAGAGUUCGCACGAAAGGUCGGCACGCAGCAGCUGGUGUUGAACCACAUCGGCUCAAGGUUCCCAACGCCAAGUCCAACUGAUACCAAGGGGAUCCGAGCCAACGUCCUUCAGGAAAUGGAGCGCCAGGCUAGUGUGGCUUGGGGCAUGGGUAAUGCUCAUGUCGCCUUCGACUUCAUGCGCGUGAACGUCCCCCUACCCGCGGACAAUAAGAGACGUCAUAGCACGCCUGUAGAAUUCCAAGGAAGUGAAGAAUUCUCGGUUACGCCAAAUGCCCGUUAUGGACGUGGUAAACGAGCUUUCGCAGCAGUAACGUCUCAGCAACCCGUUGACAUCGAGACCUCAAAAUCAGGAUGGAGUCGUCGCCGCGGGGGGCGACCUGACAUUCAAGGGUUUGAAGGGGGGGAUAGAGAGCACGAUUCCUCGGAUCGGUAUGGAUCUCACUACGGACGUGGAAGAGGACGCGGUCAUGGAAACUCCUCUCGUGGUCGAUGGUGGUGA